AUGAAAACGCAAACUUUCGACAAACUUCUGCACGCUCUGACAACCUGCAUGCGUGAAGGUCUCGAGAGCCAAGAACAGGAACUCGAAGCCACCGAAGCUCGUGCGAACUUCUUCAUGCUUCCGACUGAGCUGCGUAAUGCCACAUACGAACUUGUUCUGGUGGCAUCCAGACCACUGAGGUCGAAGCACGAGCCGCAAUCUCAUCAGGAGCACCGGACCCACAUCGAAUACCGAGAAGACUUCAGCACCACACUGCUGCAAGUAUCUCGGCAAGUCAGACAAGAAGCGUUGCCGACCUUCUGGGGAAUGAAUACCUUCAAGACCACGAUACGUUGUAGACACCCGCGGGACCUGUCCGAGACCCUCCAGCUGCGGACGAUUAAGAGAUGGAAUUUUCCUCUCGAUGGCGAGGGCGCUGCCAUAUUCAGGAAUCUCCGCAUCGAACUGAGCAUGAACAUUGGUUGGGAUCCACUGAAAUUGAAGAUGAGUCAACUUCUUGACCCAAACAGCCACCGUACAAGAGAUAUCAGUCUUGAUGAAUACGCAGACGUGAUUUCCAACCACACAGGUGCCACGCUACGGCAGCUGGGAGCCCAUUGUUCGACGAGUGGUUGGAACCAAGACAUCAUAUUCGAAAUUAUACCGCUCGCAGAGCUUGCCAUUGAGAAGUCUGCCGUUGAGGUUGAGAUCUCGACGUGGCAAGGAAUGCCAAAAUGA